AUGGUUGUAACUUCUGUUGGUCUAAUCAAAGAUGUUGAUAGCAUGGACAAACAACAGAUUAGUGACCAAGUGCGCAAUUGGCAGGAAACAACAACUCGUUUCAUUGAUCGACUAUCAAAUGAAUAUUCUGCAUACGUCGAUAUAAUUCAACUAGUUCAAGUUGCAAUAUAUGAAAUGAAACUCGGUUUAUCGUUGGUUCUAUCAAGUGCCAUUCAGAAAAAAAUUCUGGAUACAGUUGGACAGGAUGAUAUGGACAUAGUUCUGGAGACAAUUUAUUCAUUUAUGAGAUUUCCUAGAGGCUUUGCAUCUGAUGCUGUUUCUGUCAGGAUCAACUGUGGGUUGGCCAAGUUUCCUUCAUGUGAUAUAGAUUUCCCUAUGAACACAAAGGCAAUGGAUAUGAAUUUGCUGGAAAGUUUGGUUACUUCGACAAGAGAUGUCAAUUCUGAUAAGAUGGUCUCAGACUUGCAACUGAAAGCUUCCAUACAUCACAACAUUCUUCUCCGUGUAGCGCAUUCUAUUGCUGAGGCCCAAUUAAUGGAUAAUGCAUCUUUUGUUCUCUUGGAUAAGACAUUUGAUGAGUUUGCUAGCACUACAAGAAAACAUUUGCGACGGAAUGAGAUACUUUCAGAAUGGCAGGAAUUGCUUUCUGAUGAAAAAGUUGCUGAAAAGAAAGCUGAAGAGGAAGAUGAUACUCUGGAGGAGGAAUGGAACUUAAUGAAGGACUCCAUCUUGAACAAUAUGGUGCACAUUCACAAUCAACUAUUUGGGUCCAUGGAUCUUGUUGAAACACCUGGAAUUCUAAAGGUCUCUGAAGCAGAUCGGUUGUCAUCCUUCAUAGACUCCUACGGACUGGGAAUAAGAAUGAUUAAUGGUUUAGAGGGAUUACUAUUGUCCAGUUUGGAUGCUAAACUUGCUCCUGAACACUUGUUCCGCCUUUGUUUGGAGCAUGAACAGAAAUUAAAUUCAUCUCAUAAAUCAGCUCAUGCAUAUAAUUUUUGUUAG